AUGUUAAAGCAGAAGUUUGAGGAGAUUGGGAUUGAUGGAGAUGCUUGUAAGCCAGGGCAAUACUAUGGUUUAACAUGUCCAAGCUGCAAAGGUGGGGAUUCAGAAGAGAAAAGCUUAUCUCUUCACAUCACAAAAGAUGGUGCUGCAGCAAUGUGGACCUGCUUUCGGGCUAAAUGUGGGUGGAGAGGCACUACAAGGGCCUUUGCUGCUGUAAAAUCUACUUAUGCAAAAAUGAGUAGAAUAGCCAAAGCAAAACAACCAUUCAGAGAAAUCACAGAAGAGAGUCUGGAACUGGAACCUUUGUGCAAUGAGCUACUUGCAUAUUUUGCUGAGCGAAUGAUAUCUGGGGAAACACUGCAGAGAAAUUCUGUAAUGCAAAAAAGAAGAGGCAACCAGGAAACCAAUACUGAAAAGAUUUUUUAUGGACUGGAUAAUAUAAAGGGAGCUAGUGAUAUUAUGAUUGUUGAAGGUGAAAUGAAUAAGCUUGCAAUGGAAGAAGCUGGUUUUAAAAAUUGUGUGAGCAUGCUGGAUGGUGCACCUCCAAAAGUCUCUAACAGAGAGCUCCCUUCCGCUGAAGAGGAAACCAAUACUGAAAAGAUUUUUUAUGGACUGGAUAAUAUAAAGGGAGCUAGUGAUAUUAUGAUUGUUGAAGGUGAAAUGAAUAAGCUUGCAAUGGAAGAAGCUGGUUUUAAAAAUUGUGUGAGCGACGACCUACCACGUGGAGGUUUUCACUCAAACAGAGAGCUCCCUUCCGCUGAAGAGGUUGUGCCGGGAGAGUUGACUAUUGUUACUGGAGUCCCCAAUUCGGGUAAGAGUGAGUGGAUUGAUGCUCUUUUAUGCAAUCUUAAUCGAAGUGUUGGUUGGAAAUUUGCACUUUGUUCUAUGGAGAAUAAGGUGUGUGUACGGAAGGUACGAAAUAAAGUCAUAGGAACUAUUGGUGAUGGUUACUUGUCCUAUAACAGGGUGAUCGGCGAAUACAUGGAUUUUGAUCGGUGA